AUGCGUGCACUGGCCAAUGCUGCAAUGCACUACCGAUCGAACGUAAAAGAAAGCAUCAUGAAGGGGAAAAUGGCAAACAAGAGAAAAAGAUGGGAAUGUGAAGGAGGGGAAAAGAAGAGUGAAGAAGGGAAGACAGAAUGGGAAAAACUGAGGGAAGAAGCAGCUUCAAUGGCUGCUGCUAUUCUUGGAGCUAGAAGAGCUAACAAACGUUACAUUGGGGUGAGACAAAGACCCUCAGGGCGAUGGGUGGCUGAAAUCAAAGACACCAUUCAGAACAUUAGACUUUGGUUAGGCACUUACGACAAUGCUGAAGAUGCUGCAAGAGCUUAUGAUGAAGCAGCACGUUUGCUUCGUGGUGCCAACACUCGCACAAACUUCUUUCCUUCCCAAUCUUCUCCUUAUGUUUCUGCUCUUCCUCCAAAGAUUGCCAAACUCCUCUUUCAUAGACUCAAAGCUAGAAACUUUGAAUCCUGUACUCGUUUUCCGAGUAACCACUAUGAUCAAGAAACCAAAGUAGAACCUCAACCUCAAUCUCAGCCUCAACCAGAACCAGAACCUAAAUUAUAUCUCCAAACAGAAGAACCCCACUACGAGAAUUUUGUAGACAUGGAAGUAAAUGGGAUUGUUGAAGAAAGUUAUCAUGGUGCUAGUUAUAGUUCUUCUGCCAUGACUACUUGUGACUAUAGCUGUGGAACUAAUGAAGACGAUUGUAACCAGAAGGGUAGCGGGGAAGAUUUCAGCUUCGUUUAUAAUUUUGCUGAGAAUGUUUAUGAUGAAGAGAAGAAGAUUGUGAGUGGUAAAGGAGAGUUUGAAGGUUGUGAUUUUCAGUUUUUGGAGUCUGGUGGAUCACUGAGUUACUCUUUUUGUCCGUUUGAGAUAGCAGAAGAGAUGGUGGGAGCGAUAGAGGAAAACAAAUAUUACGAUGUUGAUGAUUCAGCGUUAGGCAGAGAAACUUUUAUGAUGAAGGGUGUCUGA